ACAGGAACACCAACUGAUUUCUUAAAAGGCGUAGUCGGGAAAAAGGUCAUCGUGCGUCUUACAUCAGGCGUCGAUUAUCGAGGCGUUCUUUCAUGUCUAGAUGGAUAUAUGAACAUCGCUUUAGAGCAGACUGAGGAGCAUGUUAAUGGUGUAGUCACAAAUCGAUACGGGGACGCGUUUAUUCGCGGGAAUAAUGUGUUGUACAUAUCCGCUGCAGAACCGCUAUGA